UUUUUGGUUCUUUUUUUUUUUUUUUUUUUUUUUUUUUUUUGCCCCGACUUUUGGUACAUCAAAACGGCGCAGUGGGGGAAACCAUUCAGGGUCGUCUUUUUUGUGAUUUAGCAGCACCUUUUUUUCUUCUCGACUACACCGUAACACUUGUCCUUCACCGGUUAUGGACGGAACAAGUAGCCCCGGCGGCGCAUCGCCGCCAAACGUUGACGAGGACAUUGAUCUCUACGAACUUUUGGAGAUCGACAGGUCCGCCAGUGCGUCGGAUAUAAAAAAGGCAUACCACAAGCUAACCUUCACCACCACCCACCCCCGCCGUGACAAACCCACACCAAUCCAGGCAGCGCGCCAACACCACCCCGACAAGGUCCCCGAGGACCGCAAGGAAGAGGCCGAGGCGAGGUUUAAAGCCAUCCAGCAGGCGUACGAGAUCCUCCGCGACGAUGACAAGCGUCACCUGUACGACACGCACGGAAUGGCCGCCUUUGACCCAUCCCGCGGCCACGGCGGCAUGGGCGGCAUGGGCGGCAUGGGAGAGGACGACCUGCAGGAUUUCUUUUCCAUGUUCAUGGGCGGCGGAGGGAUGGGUGGGAUGGGAGGGAUGGGCGGAAGGCCCGGACCCAGGCGGCCGCAGCGGGGCGCCGACCAGGAGAUACCGCACGAGGUGACGCUCGAGGAGCUAUACAGGGGCAAGACGGUCAAGUUCGCCAGCAGCAAGCGCGAGCUCUGCGCCGUGUGCAAGGGGUCCGGCGCCAGGGAGAAGUACAAGCCGCAGGACUGCGACAAGUGCCAGGCCAGCGGGUUCCGCAAGGUCCUGAAGCAGGUCGCGCCGGGCCUCAUGUCGCAGGACGUCGUCGAGUGCGACCACUGCCACGGCACCGGCAAGUACGUCAAGGAGAAGGAGCGCUGCAAGAAGUGCAAGGGCAGGGCCACCUUGCCCGUCACCAAGGCGCUCGAGAUCUACAUCCCCAGGGGAGCCUUCCACGGAGAAAAAGUCGUGCUCGAGGGCGAGGGCGACCAACUGCCGGGCCAGACGCCGGGAGACAUCAUCAUCGUGCUGGUGGAGAAGCCCCACGACACCUUCACCCGCAUAGGGCACGACCUGUCGGCCGAGCUCAACGUCACCCUAGGCGAGGCCCUCAUGGGCUUCUCGCGCGUCGUGCUCAAGCACCUCGACGGCCGCGGUCUGCACCUCGAGCUGCCCCGGGGCAAGGUCCUCCGCCCGACCGAGAUCCUCAAGGUCCCGGGCGAGGGUAUGCCGCACAAGCGUGGCGAUGCCAAGGGUGAUCUUUACCUCAUCGUCAAGAUUGAAUUUCCAGAAGACGGCUGGCUGAAGGACGACAGUGACUACGAGGCUCUGCAGAAGCUUCUCCCACCACCAGCGGCGCCCAUCACGGCGGACGAGGUGGAUGAUGUGGAGUAUGAGAGGGACGCGGACAUUGAACAGAUGGGUGCUUCGGCUGGAGAAACGGGUGGAUCAGAGUGGGAGGAUGAAGAAGAGGCUGGACCCCAAUGUGCUACUCAGUAG